GAGCCUACAUCCCCAUUUCGCCACACCCCUCCUAGGGCCUUCCCAAAAGAUAAAAAAAGGAGAAGGGCGAAGAGAAUGGCUUUGCUGCAGCCAUUUGCCGCCAUUGAUUUUCACCUUGCCAAAUCUCUAACAAACCCAACCCCAAACCCUACCAAUUCACUCUCUCUGAUCCAGCCACACACACUUCCCUUUCCCCAUUGCCACAAGAUCUUGUUGAAGAAGAAGAAAGAGAACUGUGCAAUCGGGGGUGGUGGCGGAGCCGGCGGCGAUGAGAGAGUGGCGGUCAUGGAGGCUCCCACUGGAGAAGAAUCGCGGUAUGACUGGACGGAGGAGUGGUACCCUCUGUAUCUGACGAAGAAUGUGCCGGAGGACGCCCCAAUUGGCCUCACUGUCUUUGAUAAACAGGUGGUUUUGUACCGCGAUGGUUCUGGUGUGCUCAGAUGCUUCCAAGAUCGUUGCCCCCAUAGAUUAGCAAAAUUAUCUGAAGGUCAAUUGUUUGAAGGGAGACUUGAGUGUUUGUAUCAUGGCUGGCAAUUUGAAGGAGAUGGAAAAUGUAUAAAGAUACCUCAGUUACCAGAAGAUGCAAAAAUCCCAAAGUCUGCUUGUGCCAAGCCCUAUGAAAUUAGGGACUCACAGGGAGUUGUGUGGAUAUGGAUGUCCCAUAAAACUCCACCAAACCAAGAAAAACUCCAUUGGUUUGAGAACUUCGACAGGCCUGGCUUUUGGGACGUUUCCACGACCCACGAACUCCCUUAUGACCAUUCUAUCCUUCUUGAGAAUCUCAUGGAUCCAGCUCACGUCCCCAUCUCACAUGACCGCACAGAUUUCUCCGCGAAGCGGGAAGACGCAGGGCCCCUCUUUUUUGAGGUGACCGAGAGGACAAAACGGGGAUUCGCAGGUUGGUGGGGCAACAUAAGGGAUCAGUCCAAACCAAACUACAAACCCUCUUUCGUACGUUUCGAAGCACCCUGUGUUCUUCAGAACAACCGGGAAAUUAUUGACCCCAAUGGGGCGAAACACUACUUUUCUGGUCUCUUUCUCUGCAGACCCUCAGGGCAGGGGAAAUCCAUGCUUAUUGUGAGGUUUGGGAGCACAAGAGAGAUAAGAGGGGUGUUAAAACUACUCCCAACUUGGUUCUUUCACCAGAAUGCAGGAAAGGUUUUUGAACAGGACAUGGGUUUCCUCUCCUCACAAAAUGAGACUCUUUUGAAAGAGAAUGUCCCAACAAAGGAGCUAUACAUCAACUUGAAGUCCUCGGACACUUGGGUCGCCGAGUAUAGGAAAUGGAUGGACAAAGUCGGGCACGGGAUGCCUUACUAUUUCGGGCACAGCACUGUUUCGCCUCCCAAACUGCCAGCUGUCGUGGAUCACGCGCCAGCGGGUCCCCUUGCCAGCAUUUCAGCCUCUCAGCCAGCCAAGGGCGGAAUCGGAACAAUGCACGCUCCGAAUCUCACCAAUAGAUAUUUCCGGCACGUGAUACACUGUAAGGAAUGCAGAGGUGUGGUCAAGAGUUUUGGGAUGUGGAAAAACGUUUUUUCCGCUUUUGCCCUCAUCUCGGCCGCGUUGGCUGUUCUGGCAUUGGAAAGACAGUGGAAGCUUGCCUUCUUGUUUUCAGCGUCCCUAUGCUUGGCCGGUAUGUAUGCCUGCUCAACGGUGAUUGCAAUGAACACAACUAACUUCAUAAGGACACACAGAAGAUUGUAAAAAAAAGUGCUGUUUGGUCUGUCUUCUUGGUCUUGUUUUUUCGGAAAACAAAAAAACUUGACUGUCAAAGAUUGUACAUAAACUUGGGGAUUUCUUUCUUGACUGGAGCUGCAGAUCUGGUAUUUUAAUUUGUAUAUUUUACAAUGUAUUUAUUAAUUAUUACUCCGUACUAAUUACUACGGAGUCGUAUUUUAGCCAUGCAAUGCAAAUAUGGCUUCUUAGUGACUUAAGG